AUAUGUCACGUUUUAACAUCCACUACUGCGUGUGUCGUGUUUGAUUUGUAGGUAGGACUUUCAGGAAGAGGUUUUUAACCAGUCAGCUGGUCCACUUGCCCCCAGGUGUUAAUAUGCGCAGGAAGCGGCUUUAUUCUGAUCUCAGUUUCCAUCGUUUUAUCCUCAGUCGCAUCAUAGUUUACGACGAAUUUACGCGUAUGGCACAACACGAGGACUCUGCUUUCAAAGAACAAACUUCCUUACCUGAAAGCUGACGUCGACUGAAAGUCUUAAUAGAGCUAUGUUUGGCUGAACCCGCAGGAUGAAAGCUGCUUUAUUUUUCUUUGUGAGUUCAUCUUGAUUCUUCCUGAUCAUGGUUGGAGGAGCAACCUCAGAUCUGGCACCAACAGCGGCUGUCAGGGUUUUUUCAGCUGGAACAGCUGGUUGUGUGGCUGAUCUGGUCACUUUCCCCCUGGACACCGCCAAAGUGAGACUGCAGAUCCAAGGUGAAUCCAAGCCCUCACUGGAAGGUCAAAGGGCAAAAUACAGAGGUGUGUUUGGUACCAUCAUCACCAUUGUGAAGACUGAGGGGCCGAGGGGCUUGUACAAUGGGCUGGUGGCUGGAUUGCAGAGGCAGAUGAGUUUCGCCUCAGUCCGCAUCGGCCUGUAUGACACCAUGAAGCAGCUCUACGCCUGUGGAUCAGAGAAUGUUGGAUUUGGCACCCGACUGUUGGCAGGCUGUACAACAGGGGCAAUGGCAGUUGCUUUUGCUCAGCCCACCGAUGUGGUAAAAGUCAGGUUCCAGGCUCAGAUUCGGCUGCGUGAGGGCAGCAACAUGAAGAGAUACAGCAGCACUACUGAUGCCUACAGGACCAUUGCCAGAGACGAGGGCUUCAAAGGACUGUGGAAAGCAAAACUUGUCUCUUCAGGCUGUCUGCCAAACAUAACUCGUAAUGCCAUCGUAAACUGCUCUGAGCUGGUGACGUAUGACAUGAUCAAAGAGUUCAUCCUGAAGAACAACUUGAUGACAGAUGACAUGCCGUGUCACUUCGCUGCAGCGUUCGCUGCUGGCUUCUGCACCACGAUUGUGGCGUCUCCAGUGGAUGUGGUAAAAACCCGCUACAUGAACUCAGUGCUGGGCCAGUACAGUGGGGCCAUAAACUGUGCCUUAAUCAUGCUGAUGAAAGAAGGACCCUCAGCUUUCUAUAAAGGCUUCAUGCCUUCAUUUCUUCGUCUGGGCUCGUGGAACAUUGUGAUGUUUGUGAGCUACGAGCAGAUUAAGAGAGCUGUGAUAAGUCUUCAGCAGACCCGGGACCCUGUUUGACAGCCGCAGCUGUUGUGCCAUCAACAACAGCCAACCUGUUCAUCCUCACCUGUAUCUCACCAAAGAGCUCUUAAUCCAAAGUGAUACUGAAGGGAAGACUGAUGAUUAGAUUUAGAGUAGAAUAAAGUUAAUGUCAGUUUCUUACAAAAAUGUGUCAAAAUGUCUGCAGUGAAAUCUGAUGUUGAAGGGAUUGUGGAGCUUCCUGUUUCUUAGCUCCAUCUUCGGUUGGAGGUAAAUACUUAUUGUCUCCAGACCAGGCCAUGAUACUCAUGGUACACAAAGUGAAGAAAAUUUAAAAGAUAUAUACACAAUUAUUAACUAAUACAUAGGUCAAGUUUAGCUCGGAAAUAUUUUGAUACAUUUUUUGUUAUUUGAACAGUUUACAAAACAUUUAAGUUACAGUUAUAUCAUGAAUAAGAACUUAAAAUGAACACUCAAUGUUAGCUUUAUUCACAUCACUGUUUUUUUUUUUUAACUUUUCUGCUUCACUCUGCUUACUGUAAUCUCAUAUUAGAAAAAGUUCUGCUAUAUGUUUUACAUUCAAGAAUUGGUUGAUGUGUUUACAUGCACAGUUAAGUUGAGUUAAAGCUCGGCUGGGACAUUUCAUUAGACUACUGUCCUCCCAGAAUACAAGUGAGGAAGAGAAAUAUUUGCUGAAUGAAGUAUAUCUGGUCCUGUUAAAAAAAAAAAAAACUGGUGAUAAGCCUCUGUUUAGCUUCUUUACAUUGGGCUUUUUCCAGUU